UCCUCGAUUUUCUUUCCGCAGGUUCAUAACACCUUCGUAUCCCCCGCCGCGGAUCGCCACUGUGUGCGCAACCGCUGGUUCAAAAUAGUCCCUUCCUCUCCUUUCUCUUCGUUGCACUCCGUGACCGUAGAGCCAGCGCGAGGCGCCGACCCAUACAAUCAUGGAGAACAAGCCAGACGAGGCGGCCGUUACGCACGAGGUUAGCAAUGACAGCGGAGUCCAGAAGAAGCGCGGCAUCAUGAACACCCUGUAUCCUCCUGGACCCAAGCCCGGUGCUGGUGGCAGGAUAAAGAAUCACUGCAGGAGAUUUUGGUGGUGCGACCUGCUCGUAUUGGCCGUCAUCGUCCUCGUGAUCGUGCUUCCAAUCAUUUUUGUCGGCAUCCCCAAUAAGGCUCAACAUGAUCUCGACAAAUCCACUCUGGAGGUCACUGCUCAGGAGGUCACCUCUCCUACCCCUGACAGCCUCAAGCUCCGUCUCGUCAGUGUCGCAAAGAGCUCGAGCCAGUUCCAUCCCAAGAUUCGGGCCUUCCGGGCCGCUCUCUCUUUGGAAGGCAAGGAGCCCUUCCUACACAUCGAUGUCCCAGAGGUCAAGGCCGAGGCCGAGACGGAGAUCAUCAUUGAUGAGGCUCUCAAGAUUGAGGACCUGGAGCGCUUCACCGAGUACACCAUGACCGUCAUGGGCAGCGAGGAGUUCACCGUGCACAUGGAUGGCGAGACCAAGAUCAAGCAGUCUGGUCUGCAAGAGAUUGAUGUCGACUACAACAAGGUCGUCAAAAUGAAGGGUCUCAACAAGCUCGAAGGCCUCAACAUCUUCGACCUCAAGAUCCUCUCCGGCAAAAACGAGAUCCUCGCCGACGGCUCCAACAUGGUCGGCAAAGUCUUCAUCCCCAACCCCUCCGUCAUGACGCUCGAGCUCGGCAACGUAACCAUGAACCUCCAAGUCGACGGCAAGGCCGUCGGAACCUCCCUCCUCCCCAACCUGCGCCUCGCCCCCGGAAACAACACCGUCCCCAUGCAGAGCAAGAUCGACCAACUCGGCAUCAUCACCCUCAUCAAGAACAAGUUCAAGAACGGCGUCAUCCCCCUUGAGAUUGUCGGGAACUCGAGCAUCGUCGAGGGCGGCCAGCACCUCACCUACUACGAGAAGGCGAUCCAGAACAAUGUCAUCAAGGUGGAUUUGGAUGCCGGGCCGGCGCUCAAGGGCAUCGGUAUUGAUAUCGGAUCUUUCCAGUAAGUGCCUAGCGGCCUUGGAGUGAGGUGGGAUGGUGAAGAGGGGAUUUGGAGGCUGCUGUCAUGUUUACGGCUCUUUGUAAUUAUGGUGGGGUCUUUCUUAUCGGGAAUGUUCACGUCGAUGCUGUUUGAUACCAUAGCCAUUAUAUUGGCAUCGGAAGGGAUGGGCAGUGUGGUAGUUGAGG